GCGAGUUCUCUGAAAGCUCUUGCAACUCAAACAGUUAGCGUGAGAAUAUAAUUUUUCUGUGGGUUCAGUUCUAACUUAAAGUUGUCAGCAUAAUGUUAAAACAACGCGCACCGCUACCAUCCAUUCUAAAGACUUUUCAACUGCGUCUGCAAACAAGUGCAGCUGCCCCACCUAAUACCACAGAUGGUGAUAGCACUUUCUCCUCGGAAUGGGAAAAUGCCCGACCAUAUGAUGAAAUUCCAAAGGUGGGCGCUCUGGAUUUAGUUAGACAAAUGCUGCCAGGCGGAAAAUAUAAUAAAAUGCAGUUUCCAGACGUCUUGCUCGAUCUGCGUCGUCAGAUGGGACCACUCUUGCGAUUACCAGCAAUGCUGGGAAGACCAGAGUUCGUGCUCUCCCAUGACCCAAAUCAUUUUGAGCGUGUCUAUCGCGUUGAAGGAGUCUGGCCUGAGAGGCCGGGUAAUGAAAUAAUAAGAUAUCAUCGCAGUGUACUUCAAAAGGAUUUCUUUCAUGGAGUCGAUGGUCUUUUGGCCACGCAAGGGAAGAACUGGGCAGACUUUCGAACUUUGGUUAAUCCAGUGCUAAUGCAGCCAAAAACUGUGCGUUUGUAUUAUAAGAAAAUGUCGCAAGUCAACAAGGAGUUUAUGCAACGUAUUCGAGAGAUACGGGAUAACACCACAUUGGAAGUUCCUGAUACCUUUGAAGAAGAAAUCAAUCGUUGGACUCUGGAAUCGGUUAGUGUGGUUGCUCUGGACAAGCAAUUGGGAUUGAUGAAGGACAAUCGCAAUGAUCCACAUGCAAAAAAGCUUUUUGAAGGCCUCAAUGCGUUCUUUUAUCUCGCAGCUGAUAUUGAAUUUAAGCCAGCUGUUUGGCGUUACAUUGCCACGCCCACAUAUAAGAAAAUAAUCAAAGUGCUGGACGAAGUGCAAGAGGUAACCAACGAUUAUGUUAACGAAGCUCUGACUCGCUUGGAACAGAACCCAACCAAUAAACCAGAGCACGAGAAGAGUGUGUUAGAGAAGCUAAUCAAGAUUGACAAGAAAGUUGCCACUGUUAUGGCCAUGGAUAUGCUUAUGGCCGGUGUGGAUACAACAUCCACAGUAAUGACUGGCAUACUUCUGAGCCUGUCCAAGAAUCCAGAGAAGCAAGCCAAACUGCGUGAGGAGGUGCUAAAGAUUUUGCCCGAUAAGGACUCGGAGUUCACUGAAGCUUCCAUGAAAAAUGUGCCAUAUUUACGUGCUUGCAUCAAGGAGUCACUUCGCCUCUAUCCACUGGCUGCCGGAAAUGCCCGCUACAUUAAAUCGAAUAUUGUUUUAGACGGCUAUCGGGUACCUAAAAAUUCAGCAAUGAUGAUGCUAUCCUAUGGGCUUCUCACCGACAAUCAGCAUUAUCCUCGAGGCAACGAAUUCCUGCCGGAACGUUGGCUGCGUUCCGCGAAAGAGGAGGAAUCCGAGUCCGGAAAGUGUCCACACUCCCUUAAAGCGAGCAGUCCAUUUGUUUAUCUGCCAUUUGGUUUUGGUUCCCGCAUCUGCAUCGGCAAACGUAUUGUUGAAAUGGAACUUGAAUUGGGCCUUGCCCGACUCAUACGCAACUUCCAUGUCGAAUACAACUAUCCGACAGAGAAUGCGUUCAAGGCUGCCCUUAUCAAUAUGCCCAAUAUUCCGCUGAAAUUCAAGUUUACCGAUGUCGAAAAGUGAUUUCAAGUGUUAAUGAUAGCUAUAUAUGCCAAAAUUAUAAAAUAAGUGAAUAAAACGGUUGGUGAAUGUUGCAUUUUUAAGAAGGAAAAUUACCAAUGUUUGUGCGGAACAAAAAACCUUAUCAUUUAACAAUGAUAAGAUAUUGAUUUUAUAGUUCAAAAGUCUACAUAAACAUAGUCUUAUGAACCCCCAUCCUCUAUAAAGUAACCUCUUACCUGUUUU